AUGUUUCUGACACGUGCGCUACGCAGAAAUUUAAAUCUACCACAUUGGAAUCGACGAGUUUGGGAGAUUGGAUACAGUGGCUCACCGUUACCGAAGAAAAAAGCGACUGGGCGACCGGACUAUCCUGUAUCACGUUCAGAUCUAGAAGUUUUGCGAGAGAGAUUCGCCAGAGAAUGGAACGUGAUGAAACUGCUGAGCAGACCUUAUGUUACUGCUGAAGUAGAGGCUGACUACUUUGCAGCUAAAAAUGUAAGCAGUCUUGACGAGAUUCGUGAGAAAGAGCGAGAAAAACUGGAAGCACAACGAAUGCCUGGAAAGGUGAAGCGGACAGAAGGUUCGAAAAAUUCGGUGAGACGUCGUGCAAACGUUGGGAAUUUGCUGCACACUCAUAAAACAGUAGAAGAUAGCCUGGCUGAGUUGAUGAAUAGGAAUCGAUGGGACUAG